UGUGCAGUUGAUUCAAAUGUCAUUGUCAAUUGUCAUAACAAAAAUAUUGUGGUAAUUUUAUUUCGUGUGUCCGCUUGUUCCUAAAUUCCAUAAAAGCAUUAAAGAAAAUAGAAUACAUACUCAUUACGUAUGGGUUUAUUCAGAGCUUAAAAUGCUUAAGACUUUUAAUCAAAAACAUUUACUAGCUGUUUAUUUGUCUAUUAUAAAACCUUGUUUAAUCAUCGCUCAAUCAAAUAUGUCUUCGGGUAUCGUUGAUGCCGAUAAAUAUUCGGUAGCGUAUGUGACCGUUCCAAGCACUGAUGUGGGUAAAACAAUUGGACACGGGCUAGUCAAGAACAAACUGGCUGCGUGUGUUAAUAUAAUACCUCAAGUAACAUCAAUUUACGAAUGGAAAAAUGAAAUUAAUGAAGACAGUGAGGCCCUGCUGAUGAUAAAGACGCGUACAUCACUCGUCGACAAAUUGACAGAUUUUGUACGUUCAAAUCACCCCUAUGAAGUCUGUGAAGUUAUUUCGCUUCCGAUAAAGAACGGAAAUCCGCCAUAUUUGAAAUGGAUUGGUGAAGCAGUUCCAGAAAACAAUUAAUUAAAUGUUUAUUUAUUUUGUUAAGUAUGAGUCAUUGUAUUUGAUCUGUGGAAAUAAAUAUGCUUAAAUCAG